AUGGACACUGUUAUCCUUCGGGACCUCAAAUUUGACCUUGUCGUUGGCCGAGAUGCCUGGCGCCGUCCAGGCAAACCACAGCCUGUGUCUAUAACACUAAAUCUCCAACCAUCCUCUAACUUUGAGGCGGCUGCUUUGCAAGACGAUGUCAAUUUGACCCUGGACUAUGGCAAACUGUACAAGACCGUCUCUACCAAGAUCAAGGACCAAAUCUACGGCAAUGUCCAGGGUCUGAUGCUGGACUUGGCGUCAUGUAUCAAUGGCUAUAAGCUGCUUGGUAUCGAUAUCGUGAUGCCCAAAGCCAUCCUGGAGGCUCAUGCUGGCGUUCACUACCACUUGCGUAUCGAUAGAUCUUCCGAGAAGGUAGAUGCGUCCUGGAGUAUGGCGUUGAAGGGCAUCGGUGCUUCCUGCAUCAUUGGUGUGAACCCACACGAGCGGGAGCACAAGCAACGAAUAUCAGUUGACCUCAUCGUGGGAGGCAGUCGCUCGAAACUGGUGUAG